GUAGAAAACAAUUGCUUUCAGUCUCCGGCAGCAGCACCUUAUACAGCAGCGGAACCGAAUCCGAGUUUGAAGGCAGGAAGCAUGAGGAGGAGGAAGACAUUACAGACAUUCAUUCAGAAUGUGAAACGGAAACCACCAAAUCUCAACGGGAAGGAAGUCAGGGAACUGAUGUGGAAGAAGAGGAAAACUUGGGGGAAACAGAAACAGAAAGCUUGAGCACCAAGAUUGUGCCAGAUAUCUUCUAUGAAGAAAAAGUGGAGAUGACCCUUCAGGACAUGAGUCCGGGCCAUGACAAGCCCAAGAUGAUAGGGCUGGUAGACAUGGGGGAGGAGGAAGAGAAGGAUAAGUUAGUGCAUUUGAAAAGCAGUGCUCUAGAAGGAUAUCCGAGCAGGAAGAUUUCUGAAGAUAAGGAAGGUGAUCGCAAAUUGGUCAGAGAGAAAAUAGCUGAGGCUAUUGAAAAAGAUCAGCUUUUGAGUUCUGAACCUGAACCUAGUGAAUACAGUACAGAGGAUGAGGAAGAACAUUUAGCAGCCGCUGAAGGUAAAUUUGAAGUGCUGGAUGGAGUUUCCUUGGCAAAACGAUCAAGGACUGAAUCGCAAAAGGCUGCAGAGCAAUUGAAAGAGAGAGAGAUGAUGGGCAAGAAAGGAAUAUUUGAGGAAGAGGAGCUUGCAGUUGGCAAAAUCCCCAAAGAAGCAGCUCUAACAGAAGAACUGUUAGCCCCCCAAAGACCAAGUCUUAGAGGAGACCAGGCACUAAAACCUGAACUUGUGGCAGAAAAAAGAGAAUUGGGGAGAGAACCCAUAGAAUCAGAACUGGCCAGUUUAGAAAAAGAAAUAACCCCCAAGGAUGGAAAAAUUAAGAGCAUGGCAAAACCAGGAGAAAUGGAAAUAGAACAUAAAGCUGCUGACAGAGAGGAGAUUCUAGGGGGAUUUAGAUCAGAAGAGGAAGAAGCUGAAGAUGCCCAAAUUAGUGAGAAGUUAAGAGCAGCAAAGAGAGAAGAACAUUUGCAAUGGCAGAUCCCCGAGGGAGCGGAAGGCCCAGAAGUAACUGAGGCACCAAAAGUUUUAAAGACAAGAGAAUUAGAAGGAAUUAAGGCAGUGGACAGAGACAUGCUGGAAGCAAAAGAAAAGAUGAAAGGAGAAUAUGAUGCAGCUAAAGAUUGGGAGGCAACAUUUGCAGAAAAGAUCCAUAUGGGAGAGGUACCAGAAAAGAUGGGAGAAGCUAAACCUGAAGAAAAGGUCAUUUUUCAAGAAAAAAAAGAUAAAGCAGAGGCCGGGGAAAAAGCAGACAUAAUGGAAAAAGAAAGAAAAGAUGAGGCAUUUUUGAGGGAAGAUGAGGAGGGAAAAUAUGAAUUGAGGCACAUUUCACCCACGGAAGCCGAACUUAGACCACCACAAUUAAAAAUGAAAGAUGUUCUCUAUGAAGAUGAAAAAGCAGCUGCUGCAGAAAAGGCAAUCACUGGUAGAAAAGAGGUUCCAUCUAAGAUUGAAGAAACAGUCCAAGACAUUUCAUCCAGAUGGGGUGAAGAUUUAUACCAAGAAUAUCCAGAGGUGACUGGAAUGAAAGCUAUAUCUACAGAAGAUUUAACCCUCAAGAAAAUAAAGCCUUUGGUGGGAGAGGCCAUCCUUGACCAUGAAAUUGAAAUAACCGAGGAAGACAAGUUAGCAGGGAAAUCAUAUUCUGAAAGAGAGAAAGACAGACAAGCAAGAGCAAAAGAUAUUUUGGCAACUGAGCAAGCAGCCCAACGAGAAAAGGCUAUAGUACAACCUGUAGAAAGAGGAGCUGAAGAAAGAGGAAAAGAAGGGAGACGAAAGUCCCAAAUGGCAGCUUUAGAAGAGAAAUUGGACUUGGAGAAAGAAGGGCUUUAUAUUGAACCCGGCUUAGAAUCUAUGGCAGUGCUACUAGAAGAAUUAGCAGAGAAGGAAAAGGCAAAAGGAGAGAUGUGGGUUGAGGAAGCAGAAGGAGAAAUAAAAGGAUUGUCUCCAAGACAGAAGAUGAUUGAAGAAGAACAGAAAGCACUCAGAAAAAAGGCAGAAAUUGAAGAGGGAGGUAUUGAGAUGGCCGAAAGAAGACGUACCAGAGCUUCAUUGCUACCCCAAGAUGGGUUAGAUUUUGAAGAAGCAGAAGCUGAGGUGACACUUAAAGGGGAGGCAGAAAGAAGACNGGGAGGGGAAUGA